UUACAUGUCAGUCUGGUGGACUUUGCCGUGAGUGUUACACGCGCGUGUAUGUAACAACGUAACGGCUACAUAAACUAGCCUGCCAACGCCUGCAGCGGUGUGUCGGGUGCAGCCAAGUGACAGGAGAGUGUGCGUGUGCGUGCCCUCCCACUAACCUGCGUGGACCAGCCCCGACCCACCACCCGCAGCGGCGGCGUGCUGGUUGGACCCUAGGGAGGCCCUAGCCCCUGGGCACGUCGUCCCCGUCCCAGCCCCGGGCCUCGCCACGCCCCCGUGUACCCCGCCACCCGCGCCCACAUGGCCGCCGCUGCUGCCCCGCCCGUACCCGCCGUCUGACCCACAUGGGCCCCGCUACACAUGACAUUUUUAUUGUGCUUGUUGGCUGCUGCACCAUGUGUGCGCCGUGCUUGUGAGGAACAGUGCUUGUGAACCUUGACGAACUGAGUCUUACCUCCGCCACACUCCAUAUACAGUGCCGGGGAGCCCACAGUGCCACCAAAACACGCCAGUGCCUCCUGAUGGCGGGGUAAGGGCCAUACACGCCCCGCACCACCAGGAUCCUUGACAAGUGGCCGCCACAAGAUCAUGACGAUGACCACGCCGCCUUACGCCCAGCCCCUUGGCUACCAGCAGACAGCCCAGUACAAUGCUCCCGGCUACGGCUUCCCGCCCAUGUACCCCCAGGGGUCCUACGGCUAUCACAUGGGGCCGUACGCGCCCGUGCAGUGCCCCUCGCCGCCCAGAGAUGAUGCAUGGUACAAGCAUUACAAGCAUGAACUGGACGGCGUACGGGUUAAUGGUAAAGGCAAGAAGAUGAGAAAACCAAGAACAAUCUAUUCCUCCUUGCAGCUUCAACACCUCAACAAGAUAUUCCAGAGGACACAGUAUCUCUCCUUGCCUGAGCGCGCUGAACUUGCUGCAUCUCUUGGUCUUACACAAACACAGAUCAAAAUCUGGUUUCAAAACCGACGGAGUAAAUACAAGAAGCUGAUGAAGGCGGCCCAGAGUGGCAGCGGACCCAGCACGCCCAUGGGAGCUCCCAUCACCCCGGGCUCCCCCCUGGCAGGCUCCCCGCUGGAGGGAUCCUCCCCCCUGGGCCAGCCCCUGCCCUCGUCGACGCCUCAAAGCAUCUCCCCAACGCCGCCCACCGCCCAGAGCCCACCCUCCUCUCAUCCUUACACUAGCAUGGCUACCGCCAGCACCCCUCACGGCCCCUCCUCCCAGGGGCCCUCACCUUCGGGGCCCUCACAGUCCCAGCAGGCACAGGGCCCACAGUCCCAGCAACAGUCUCAACAGCAGUCGUCGCAACAGCAGCAGUCGUCUAGCCACACUCCUUCGUCCCAGUCGGCGGCGUCCGUGGGCGAGCACCUCCCGCCACCCCUCCUCUCGUCCCUGCCACCUUCAGCCUCCUCCCCCGGCCCAGCCGCCCACCACUGGGGGGACAUGAAGCCACCCGUCUCCGUGCCCUACAUGUACUCCUGGUACGCUGCAGAGAACCAGCACAACCUUCUUACUUAAGCUCGCCCAUAUACCCACCUGCUACACUGUCGCCCGUCACUCUGGAAUUGUCCCCAGCCGCCCACCUGCCAGUGUUUCCUCACGCACGGCCAGAUCCCAUCGCGGGGCGCUACAGGGAGACUCUCCAAGGUGGUGAAUAGGACGGUGACUCGGUCUAUGUGGCCGCGAGCGUGAGAUAUUCGUGAGAUUUUCGUGAAAUAAGCGACAAGUUAGCGUGUGAUCGUCUCGCCGAAGGUGACGUCUGCGUGAGUCUCACCAGUCACCAUUACCAAAGAUUCCGUUCUAUCGUACGUAAGUCACUUCCGACCCCUGAACUAUGACUGUACUGUACACAUUCCCGAGUGCCCACCAUGAUCUCCACAACACCAGUUCCUGGUGUUGUUCCCCCUCUCCCCUACCUCCCCUCUCCCUUCCCCUCUCCUCUUGAGAAGGGAUCUGCAAUGGACGAGGAGUGUUGUAAAACUCUCGGUGACGAUAAACAAGUUCUUUUGAAUCAGAUAACAGUGACAGACAAUCUGUUAAUUUGAUGUGAACUGUGAACGAGGGUACGUUGGAUUACGGGGUGGCAGACAGAGAAAAUUGUGUGAUACAUUGACAAUCAUGUGGUGAAGUUCCCUUCUAAAGGGGCAUAUGGUCGAGAACGGCCGAGGAGCUACCUGUGUUUCGGUGUACAUUGUACUAGUGAAGUGUGCAUGUGCAUAUCAUUUUGUGGUGACGCGUACAAAAGAAGAGAUUUUGUUUUUUCAUUUAGUAUAGAUUCUAUCGUGUUCCAAGUGAGCGUCGAUGGAAGAAAAGAAACUGACAAGUUAUGUAUACAAACUAUGUUCAGUACGAGAGUGUCGAGCUUUAACGCCUCUGGAGGGGUCCACCUUCUCCACAUAGAUAUGAAUGAAGACGCAUCUCUUGGCGGGGAGGAACGUAAUUGUGGAAUCAGACGUCCCAACUAUGUCUCCCUCCCCUCCAUUUUUUUCUCUCUAAAUAAGUGACAAAUUUGGCCGCUGUUAGGACUAUAAUAGACCCUUACCAGCCCCGGGUAUGACACAGCCCCCCUAAAGCACGUGAAAACCAGAGCUAACGGGAUCUUCCUUCGACAAAAUAAAACCUGCCGUUCUCACAUGUAAAAUUCAACGAUAUUAUAUAUAUAUUUUUCCUUCCCAAAGACAGAUUCUAAAUACUCAUACAAACACGUCACUCGGAACCUUUGCGAACCAUUGCUGUAAACUUUCCCUGGCUGGCCGUGACACCAGUACCAAAUCCUCGAUACUCAGUCAAAAUCAAUUAAAAAAAUACCUGUACAUAUAUAACUAAUUGUCCGAAGAUCUUAGUUCUGGUUGACGAUCGUUCUUGGUGAAUUGGGAAGACCACCCCCCCCCCUCUCCUUCCUCCCCCCUCACUUCUUUCCCCUCUUCCUCCUCCUCUUCUUGUUCCUCUUCAUUCCCCCCCUCCCCGCCUCCUUUAUGUUCUUCUCCCCUAUGCUUGCUGCUUUAUAGGAUCCAUAUUCGUAGCGUUUGGUACUGGUUGGUGUUACACGCAGCAACGUUGAAUGGAGAAAUAAACGCAACGUGGAAUAAAUAUAAACCAACCUCAAUAAAUAAAUAAUAAAUAAUAAACAAACCAACACGUGAUAAAUAAAUAAUAAAUAAAGAUGGAUACAGAACAAAAAUGUACAAUAAAUGAUAAAUAUGAACCUUUACAAUAAAUAAGAGACUGUAAACCACACAUUUUACUCUUCUGGUCUGUGAUGAACCAGAGAGAGAGAGAGUGAGUGAGUGAGUGAGUGAGUUAGUGAAAGAUACAAAAUACCUUACCUUUACCUUACCUGUUCAUACAAUCACCUUUUACCAUAGAUUCUGAACGCGCUCCUGAGAGUGUUAUAAACCUGUGUUAUAUAAUAUCUCAGAACAGUUCCCAACAUAUCAUGCUUCUUACAGUAGAGUCAUAGAGAGAGUUAUAAGAGUGAAGUCUAAUAAUAUGUUAUGAAGGGUGAAAGUCUAAUAAUAAUAAGACUUACUGAAGAUUUAUAAUGUGUUUUGUGUGUGUCUGUGUGUGUGUGUGUGUGUGUGUGUGUGUAUGUAUAAUGAGGUCAAUGUUUACACUCCUGGGUAGAUCUUAAGAGGAAUGUGACUUCAGUUGACCUAUUACGUUGUGUCUGUUUCACUGGUAAGGAUUCAUCAUGAUUUGGUAUCAGGUAUCGUUAAAUAGGUACAGUAACUCCAACGAUAAAAUUAACUCGGUGUAUAUGACGUGUUUAUAUUGUGUCUCUGUCGAUCAAAAAAAAAAAAUAAUCCUUCAAGAUCUUUUCAAACUUUCGAAAAAUAAACAAACUAAUUUAACUCAUUUGAUAAUGUAUUUUAUUACUUGGAAUAACCAGAGAUAAUAAAUUUAUAACUAAACUAUAUCCAACCUUUGUUUUGUAAUUUAUUAAAAACAACAGAAUUAUAUGUGUUUUUGGAAGUUUUUUUUUUCUUCUUGUAUUUUCUUAUUUUAUUUUUAUUUUUUUUAAUCUCCGGGUCUUUGUUGUGUCUUCCUCAACAAGAUGGAAAUUUAGGAAUAAUUUCAUGUAGCCUCAAAAACUUGUUCACUGACGCUACCAAACGCUGAGGAAUACUGUAGUGUUAGUAAGAGCCGUUCAUAAAUGUUCAAGAGAAGAUGAUGAUGAUACUGUGUUCUGUUGUUCAUUUUGGUGCAGAUGAUGGUAAUGUACACAGUCAGUCUGGCGUGUUCAUGGUGAUGUACACGGUUAGUCUUAAAGUGUUCAUCGUGGUGCAGUUGUUGAUGUACAGUCAGUCUGGAGUGUUCAAUCAUGGACUGGGUGUUCAAGCUGAUGAACAUAGUCAGUCUGGAGUGUUCACCAUGGACUUUGUGUUCAAGCUGAUGAACACAGUCAGUCUGGAGUGUUUACCAUGGACUGGGUGUUCAAGCUGAUGUACACAGUUGGUCUGAAGUGUUCAAACUGAUGUACACAGUUGGUCUGGAAUGUUCAUUAUGGACUGGAUGUUCAAGCUGAUGUACACAGUUGGUCUGGAGUGUUCAAGCUGAUGUACAUAGUCAGUCUGGAGUAUUCAUCAUGGACUGGAUGUUCAAGCUGAUUUACACAGUUGGUCUGGAGUGUUCACCAUGGACUGGAUGUUCAAGCUGAUGUACACAGUUGGUCUGGAGUGUUCACCAUGGACUGGAUGUUCAAGCUGAUGUACACAGUUGGUCUGGCGUGUUCACCAUGGACUGGAUGUUCAAGCUGAUGUACACAGUUGGUCUGGAGUGUUCACCAUGGACUGGAUGUUCAAGCUGAUGUACACAGUUGGUCUGGAGUGUUCACCAUGGACUGGAUGUUCAAACUGAUGUACACAGUUGGUCUGGCGUGUUCACCAUGGACUGGAUGUUCAAGCUGAUGUACACAGUUGGUCUGGAGUGUUCACCAUGGACUGGAUGUUCAAACUGAUGUACACAGUUGGUCUGGAGUGUUCACCAUGGACUGGAUGUUCAAACUGAUGUACACAGUUGGUCUGGCGUGUUCACCAUGGACUGGAUGUUCAAACUGAUGUACACAGUUGGUCUGGAGUGUUCACCAUGGACUGGAUGUUCAAGCUGAUGUACACAGUUGGUCUGGAGUGUUCAUUAUCUUCAGGUAAUGAAGCUGUUACGCUGUAUGAAGGUUAUUUUUUUUACAUUGUUUUUUAUCCGUAUGUGUACUGUUGAUGAGUGUUGAUGUCCAGGUUAGAUUUACAAUUUACAUUUUUUUACAAUGGCUUAUUAUUCAAUUAGAUUAGAAAGGCAUUUUUUUUUACAAAGGUUUAUUAUUAAGGUAGAAAGUGGAUUAAUUAUUAUGUGAGAUUUUAAUUUAUAUGUUUUUAAUUGGUAUGUCUUCUUUUGUGAAAUUUAGUAUUUUUAUUCUAAAUUAUUUGGGGGAAAUUUAUAGUUAGUUGUGAAUUAGGAAAUAAAAAAAUAUGAUAGAGAAAAUAGAUUAUAUAUUGGAUAAAAUACUAUGUGAGGAUUUUUUUUUUUAAAUAUUAAUAAGCCUAAUAUGUAGUGUUGAGCUUAAGUUAUUGUAUGAUAUUGUACUUGUGUUUAAUUAUGCAAUACAGUUUUUUUAUAUUAUAGAAAAUAUUAUUUUUUAUGGUAAUCUCUCUCAGGACAACAAUUCUCAUCACAUAACUAUCAAGUUUUAAAUGGUAGUAAAGAACCUGUUAUUCCACUGUAAAUAUUACUAUCCCAUAAUGUCCAACCAUUUGGUGUCUCCUUAGUGAGAAGUGAUGUAAUGUUGACAAUUAAAAUGAUGGAAAAC